GGAAACGAAACUUAAGGUUCAUAGAAACCAAAGUCAUUCGACGGGAAAGCAGUUCUCUCUUUCAGGAGAAGUCUCUUUCAGGAGGAAAAUAAAACACAUUUUGGAACAAAUAGUCUGACAGACAGAAACAACAACAAGGUGAGUAAUACAGCACAACUUUGAGAGAAGUUAAAACCUCUGCCCGUUAUGUAAUGAGCAAAAUCAUGGAGUUGCUCAAUGCAUAAACUUUGUUUUCUGUGUCUAGGAAUGGCGUCUGCUACUUCCUGGUCUGAAGAGAACUUUUCAUGUCCCAUCUGUCUGGAUGUUUUCAGCAGCCCAGUUACCACACCAUGUGGACACAACUUCUGCAGAGCCUGUGUUACAAAGUUCUGGGAUGAACAAGUCCAGUACAAAUGUCCUGUUUGCAACGAGGUUUUCCACACUAGACCUGAUGUACGGGUCAAUACCUUCAUAUCAGAGGUGACUGCUCAGUUUAGAACGUCUGUACGAGUAAAAGAGCAGCCUUGUGUUGAACCAGGAGAAGUUCCCUGUGACGUCUGUAUUGGGACCCAGCUGAAGGCCGUCAAGUCCUGCCUAGAGUGUUUUACCUCUUACUGCCACACCCACCUGGAGCCACAUCAGAGAGUCAGAGGCCUGAAGAAACAUCAGCUGGUCGAGCCUAUGGACCGACUGGAAGAAAGGAUGUGUAAGAAACAUGAGCGACUUCUGGAGCUCUUCUGCAGGACUGAACAGGAGUGUGUGUGUCAGUUCUGCACAGAGGGUGACCACAGGUCCCAUCCUGUUGUACCUCUAAAGGAGGAAUAUGAAGUGAAGAUGGCCCAGCUGGCAAAGAUAGAGGAGAUGAUCCAGGAGAGAAAACUAAAGAUUAAGGAGACCAACGACACAGUAGAACUGAGCAAGAAAGACGCAGACAGAGAGUUAGCCAGUGGUUUGCAGGUCUACACUGCUCUGAUAUGCUGUGUUCAGAAGUGCCGUGAUGAUUUCGACCAAAUGGUUAAAGAGAAACUGAAAUCCACAGAGAAGCAAGCAGAAGACCUCAUCAGAGAGCUGGAGCAGGAAAUCGAGGAUCUGACCAAUAGAAGCGCAGAGGUGAAGCCGCUCUCGCAGACCAAAGACCACCUCCACUUCCUCCAGGCCUUCAGAUCCCUGAAGGAUCCCCCACCCACCAGGGACUGGACGACGGUGAAGGUCAGUCCUCCGUCAUACGUAGAGACCUUGAAGAGCUCUCUGGAUCAGCUGGAGGAGACACUGAACAUGGAGAUGAAGAAGUUGAGUAGUCCCGCUGAAUUGAAGAGGGUCCAGCAGUAUGAAGUUGCUGUGACUCUGGAUCCUGACACAGCUCAUCCCCUGCUCACCGUGUCUGAGGAUGGGAAACAAGUACAUGAUGGAGAUGAAGGGAAGAAACUCCCAGACAACCCUAAGAGAUUUACAUGGUAUCAAUGUGUUCUCUCGAGGCAGAGCUUCUCCUCAGGGAGAUUUUACUUUGAGGUCCAGGUUAAGGACAAGGCUGUAUGGCGUUUAGGAGUGGCCAGAGUGUCAAUCAAUAGAAAGAAUCCCAUCUCAUUGACCCCUAAGAGUGGCUGCUGGAUGAUAUUAUUCAAAAAGGAUGAGUUGGUAUUUCAUGAUGAUCCUGAUGUCCGUCUUCCUCUGAGAGCUAAGCCCAAGAAGAUGGGGGUAUUUGUUGAUUAUGAUGAGGGUCUGGUCUCCUUCUUUGAUGUGGAAGCCAGGGUUCAUAUCUACUCUGCUACUGGCUGCACCUUUAGAGAGCCUCUCUAUCCAAUCCUUUGUCUUUAUUCAAUUCUCUUUGGUAGAAACUCUGCCCCCCUGAUCAUCUCACCUGUCAAUCAAACCGACUAAGAUACUGUUUGAUAUUGAAAUAAACAAACAACCACAACAAAUAAGAAUAUUUCCUGAAUAAGAAUAUCUGCUAUUAUAGAUCUGAGAGAACUGCCUAAAUGUUCUAGUGUUGUCAUUUAAAAAGGAUGAAAAUAACCCAGACCAUCAUAAAUGUAGCCCAUUAUAAAUUGUUAUCAUCCACUAUAUUGUGUGAGUUUUCUUCCCUUUUUUUAUUAUAAUAUUAUUAAUGUUUCAGUUAUGUAGAACAACUUUGUAGUAUUUCGUUUUUUUAUCAUAAUAUUUACAUCACUGUAAAUUGCAUAGUUUUAUAUUUCGGAAUCAUGAAUAAAUACCCAAUUAAUGCAAA